CUCUUCAUCAUGAGGUCCACCUUCUUGCUGAGCCUCUUCUUCUUGUUGAUGUCUUGUGGAUUUUCAGCUGUUAUCACAAGGGCCUGUGAGAAGGACUCUCACUGUCGAGGAGGGCUGUGUUGUGCAGUCAAUUUGUGGAUCCGCAGCCUGAGGAUGUGCACGCCCAUGGGACGGGAAGGAGAUGAUUGUCACCCUAUGAGCCACAAGGUCCCUUUCUCUGGGAAAAGACUCCAUCAUACAUGUCCUUGUUUGCCAAAUCUGUCAUGUGUCACUGUCGAGGAUGGCAUGUCCAAAUGUCUCUCACCUUACCGAUAUUCAGACUACUACCUGUGA